GUACGCUGACUUCAGCCCAAUCGACUGGUUUAUUCAACGAUUUGGACUUCAUUAGGGUUGACUCCCUUGAUCUCGGCUGAACAUUAUAAUAAUGGCGAUUUUGAAAUGUCAAUCUCGCUCAUUUUGUAGCAAAAUAUUGAAAUUGCACAUGGCUAGAUUUACGUCCUGGGGAGGCAAGGAAAGGGAAGAUUUAAAAGAAGAAUAUUUCAAAAGAAAAACGGAAAUAGAGGAUAAAUCCACGAAAGCAACAGAGAUACAACCGGAAGCAAUUUUUUCAAAUAAUGAACUGAAUCUUGGUGAUAUUGAUGUCUAUGGUUUUGAUUAUGAUUAUACUCUUGCCGCAUACAACACAGAACUUCAUGAUGCUAUUUAUAGACUUGGACAACAAACAUUGAUGGAUAAGUACAAGUAUCCAGAAGAUAUUUUGAAAUUAAAGUACAAUCCUGAUUGGGCCAUUAGAGGUUUACAUUAUGAUGUCAGAAAGGGUUUAUUGAUGAAGUUAGAUUCCUUUCAUAAUAUUCAACUAGGAACAGUUUACAGAGGUUUAAAGUCGGUCAGUGAUAGAGAGGUAAAGUCUCUGUAUAAUGGAACACAUGUAUCAUUAGAUAAUAUGAACACAUUUUAUGGUCAGGGUCCAAUGCAUCAACUUGUUGAUUUAUUCGCUUUACCAGAAGUUGCUUUAAUAUCUAAUAUAACAGAGUAUUUACUAUUGAAUAAUAUCAAUUAUGAUCCAGAAUAUGUUUUUUACGAUGUCAGGAAUGCCAUUCAAGCUAUCCAUUCCUCAGGAAUUUUACACCAGAAAAUAAUGGAAAAUUUAGAUAGAUUUUUACAGAAAUGUGAUAAAACCAAGUUUUUAUUAGAAAGGCUACGACUCUCAGGAAAAAAAUUAUUUCUUAUAACAAACAGUGGAUAUGCCUUUGUGGAUGCAGGAUUAAAGUAUAUGAUUGGUGAAGAUUGGGGUGAUAUGUUCGAUGUUAUUAUUGUCAAUGCUAGAAAACCUAAAUUUUUCAAUGAAACAUCAAGACCAUUUCGGCAGUUUGAUGUUGCUAGUAAUAAACAGUCGUGGGCUUCCGUACAAAGUUUACAGAAAGGUCAUAUAUAUCAACAGGGUAAUUUUUCUCGUUUAAAAGAAAUGACAGGAUGGUAUGGUAGUAAAGUUUUAUAUUUUGGUGAUCAUGUAUAUAGUGAUUUAGCAGAUCCAUCUUUAAAACAUGGUUGGAGGACAGCAGCCAUUAUUCCUGAAUUAAUGGGUGAAAUAGAGAAGUUAAACCAACCGGAUUAUCAAUAUCAAGUUAAAUGGUUGGUCACUUUACAAAAUCUUAUAGAAGAUUCACAGCAUCAAAUCAGUCCUGGUUCUAAGGCUUUAAUACAAGAAUGGUUAGCUGAACGAGAUGAAAUAAGAGAUUUUACAAAGGCAAAGUUUAAUCCAAGAUUUGGAAGUUUGUUCCGAACCUACCACAAUCCAACUUAUUUUUCCCGUCGAUUGGGUCGAUUUGCUGAUCUCUAUAUGUCUAGUCUUGUAAACCUUUUACACUAUUCUGUAGAUCACACAUUUUAUCCGCGACGUAGUUUACUACCUCAUGAACCUAAUCCAUUUUAAACACUUUCUUAAAGAUACAUUAGACCUACUGAAGAGCUAAAUUUGCCUAUUGCAGGUCUUUCUUUAGGCCUUAAAUUUUAUGUAACUUUUUAAUUAGACAUUUAUUAGCAUGACAAGACCAUAAUCAACCCUCGAUGCCAUCAGAUGCUCAAAACUAGAUUAUAACAGCUUGUCCAUUAAUUAACGAUUUAAUUUAAAAAUGGAGAAGCGAGACUAAGACUGGAAUACACCAGUACCGUAUGGAAGGGUAUCGCUGCCAAUAUUAAAUGC